AUGGCUGAUAAAUUCCUCGACCUGCUGGGCGGCUCCCCGGACGGAAAGGGCUCCAAUGGCAAAGCCAAAGAUGCUCCCCCCUCCACCACCUCCUCCGCCAACAAAUCCCCCCCAUCCCCAGACCUCUCCACCCGCCUCUCCUGGGUAGCCAAAGCUAUCCUGCGCUCCUUCUCCGCCAUCCCCGAAACCCCCUACUCCACCGCCGGCAACACCGUCGACGCCACCGCCACGACGGGAAUCCUCGAGGACCUCCAAAAGAUGGGCUUCAAAGACGUCGAGACCCUCCUCGAGUUCCUGCACACCGCCGUCCACGGCGUCCAGGACGAUAGCAAGCUCCUCCUCGAGCGGAUCGUGGAUUUGUUGUCGAAGCUGCCGCCGUCUUCGCGGGAGGGUGCGGCGCUCGAGAGCGGGUUUAUUCAUCAGCUCUGGAACUCGCUGCAGCAUCCUGUGCUCACGACGCUGGAUGACAAGUUCAAGUAUCGUGAGGCGGACGGGUCGAAUAAUAAUCCGUAUAUGCCGCAGCUGGGCGCCGCGGGGACGCCGUAUGCGAGGACUACGCCGCCGAUGACGUAUCAGAGGCCGGAUGCGCCGGAGCCGAGUUUGCUUUUUGAUACGUUGAUGAGGAGGGGGGAUGGGUUCCAGGAGCAUCCGAAUAGGAUUUCGAGUGUGUUGUUCUAUAUGGCGACGCUUAUCACUCAUGAUAUCUUUCAAUCUGAUGGAAAGAGGAGUGGCAUCAACCUGACUUCCUCGUACCUUGAUCUUGCUCCUCUCUAUGGGCGAAAUAAGGAGGAGCAGCUUGCAGUCCGCGCCUUGGAGGCCGGCAGACUGAAGCCAGAUUCCUUCUCGUCCAAGAGAGUCCACGGCUUCCCUCCCGGCGUAGGUGUGCUCAUCAUCAUGUUCAACAGGUUCCACAACUACGUGGUAACCCAGCUCGCAGCAAUCAAUGAAGGCGGCCGCUUCAAGAAGGAGCCUACCGCCCAAGAACUUAAAGGCAAAGAUGCAGCUACACAAGAGGCCCUCCGCGCCGCCGCUCUCGCUAAAUACGACGAAGACCUAUUCCAAACAGGCCGUCUCGUCACCUGUGGCCUCUAUGUCAACAUCAUCCUCCGCGACUACGUUCGCACCAUCCUCAACGUCAACCGCUCCGACACCGCCUGGGCCCUCGACCCACGCAUCAAAGACGGCCAAAACAUCUUCAGCAAGCCCACGCCCGAGGCCACAGGCAACCAGGUAUCGGUCGAAUUCAACUUCCUCUACCGCUGGCACAGCGCCAUCUCGGUACGGGACCAGGAAUGGACCAACGACGCGUUCAAGGAGAUCUUGGGGACGGAUGACCCCGAGGCCAUGAAGUUCGAAGAGUUCCUCGGGAAGCUGCAUUCGUUUGAGGCUGCGCUCGACGAUGACCCCGUGAAGCGCCAGUUCCACAAGAUCAAGCGCAAGGAAGACGGCAGCCUCCCCGACGAUGAUCUCGUCAAGGUCUGGUUCGAGUCCGUCGAGGACGUAGCGGGUUCGUUUGGCGCGAACCGCGUGCCGCCCGUCCUGAAGCACGUCGAGAUCCUGGGCAUCAUCCAGGCUCGGCAAUGGAACGUCGCGACUCUCAACGAGUUCCGCGAGUUCUUCGGCCUCACGCGCCACCGCACCUUCGAGGACAUCAACCCCGAUCCCGAAGUCGCCACCAAGCUGCGCAACCUCUAUGACUCCCCCGACUCGGUGGAGUUGUAUCCCGGCCUCGUAAUCGAAAAGGCUAAGCCGCCCAUCGACCCUGGCAGCGGUCUCUGCGUCAACUUUACGACGAGCAGGGCUAUCCUUUCGGACGCCGUUGCGCUCGUGCGCGGAGACAGGUUCUACACAGUUGAUUACACGCCGAAACACCUCACGAAUUGGGGCUUCAACGAGGCGAGCUACGAUGCCAAGGUCAAUAACAGCCACGUCAUCUACAAGCUCGUGUUCCGCGCCUUCCCGAACCAUUUCCGCCGCGAUAGCAUUUACGCACACUUCCCCUUCACGGUGCCCUCGGAGAACGCAAAGUUCCUGGCCAAGAUCCACAAGGAUCAUCUGUAUUCGUGGGACCGACCUUCUCCUGUCGGCGACCUUAUUCUAGUGCGUUCGUACGACACGGUUAAGAAGGUCCUCGGCAAUCAGAAGGAUUACACCGUCGUCUGGGGCGAUGCCAUUCGCUUCCUCACGGAGAAAGACGGUCAUGCGCCCGGUGCCACGUUCUGCUUGGCCGGCGAUAAAAGAGCUAACGCUGAGAGCCGCAAUCUUGUCCUCGACGCGCUCUACGGACCCGAGGCUUGGGAAUCGGAAGUCUCGCGGUUCUACAGCAAGAUGGUGCCGGUCCUUCUCAAGAAGUACAGCUACACGUGGGAGACGGCGUCUGAGGUAGAAAAGAAGAAGCCCGGCACGCACGCACGCGAGGUCGACAUCGUCCGCGACGUCAUCAACCUGGCCAACACACGCCUCUGCGCCGCCCUCUUCAACCUCCCCAUCAAGAUCGAAGAGAACCCCUGGGGCGUGCUAACAGAGCAGGAGCUCUACCUCGCCGCAACAGCCAUCUUCUCCUCCAUCUUCUUCGACUCCGACAUAGCCAAGAGUUCGCAGGUCCGCAAUGUAGCCAAGGAACUCGCGGGUCAGCUCGAGCGCCUGGUCAUAGUGGCGGCGCAUGCCGUCGACAAGGUGGGCAUCGUCACCGAUGCCGUCGAGAGCGUCCGGGGAUACUGGCGCGGCGAGGGGUUCCCGGCGAUUGCGGGGUACGGACAUGAGUUGAUUCGGCAUCUGCUGGAGAAGGAUAAGAGUGUGGAGGAGUGUGUGAGGGGCACGAUUUUGCCGUUUAUUUCGUCGAAUGUGCCGAAUCAGUCGGCGUUGUUGGCGCAGUGUCUUGAUUUUUAUCUGGAGGAGGAGAAUAAGCACCAUCUUGAGGAGCUGUAUCGUCUGGCGCAUGAAAACACUGACGAAGCCGAUCUGAAGAUUACAAAGUACAUGCUCGAAGGGUCUCGCAUCCGCGGCACCGUCGCCGUCUACCGCGACGUCCAAACCGCCACCUCCCUCCCCGACUCUGUCCCCGCCAUCCCCAACCCCUCCGACCCAACGCACGUAAACCCCCUCACACCACCCUCCCAAACACAAUUCCACCUCCCCCUCCGUAAGGGCGACCGCCUCCUCCUUUCUCUCGCCUCCGCCUCCCGCGACCCAACCAUCUUCCCCGAGCCCGACAAGGUGAAACUCGACCGCCCCAUAUCGUCGUACAUCCACUUCGGAUCCGGGCCGCACAAGUGCGCGGGCAUGGAGCUCAGCAUCGUGGCGCAGACAGCGCUGUUCAAGCAGAUUGUCGGACUGAAGAACUUGAGGAGGGCGGAGGGGGAUAGGGGACACAUGAAGAGUAUGCCGGCGAGGAAGUGGAAGGGCCAGGUUAAGGGGAAGAGGGAGAGGGAGGCGGAGGAGGGUGCGUGGUCGGGCUUGAGGGUUUAUAUGCUUGCUGAUCAGAGUGGGUAUUGGCCUGUUCCUACGACUAUGAAGGUUGAGUGGGAUGAGUGA